AUGAUUAUUUUGUUACUCAACUCUUCUUCUUUAGCUCUGAACUUGGAUUCACCUGGGAAUUCUUCGGACAAGCACAUCCCUAGGAUUAAUAGUGACAGUGAAGUGCAAGAUAUUCAGUCGCAAUCUGAUGGUUCUGAAUCACGUCGAUUUCAUUUGGGUGCGGUAAACAGCACCUAUAUUCAGCGCGUAGUGGCCAUGAUGAAUUUGGAGAAAGCAUUAAUAUCGUACAUGGUGUCGACCAGCAAAGCAAUAAAAAAUCUACGCCUUUUCAAUAGCCCCAUCUCCUCCAGCACCACCUCCCUACUGGCCGAACUUCUACCCACUUUCAUCGUCACUGUCUCCAGCGGUGUUGGCACACACGGCAACCCUUCUGCCUCGGGAAAGAGGCAUUACGAAGUCUUUCGUGGCCUCUUUGCUGGUCCCAACCAGCCGGGAACUUCUUGGUCCUCCGGCCUACUGCCGCCUCUAUCACGGCGUCCAGCCUCUACUUCUCGCCCUUUUCCGCCUGCUCGAGAGUUAGCCGGUCCGGUCGCUACGGCUUUCGACUGUCUGCGUGUCAUUUGUACUGGCCUUUGUCGUCUUCUUCUCACAUGUUGUCUGGAUUCACAGGUGCCAAAGAUGGCUCAUCUCUCCUCGGUUACUCCAGCAGAGUGA